GAAAGAUCUAGUCGGAAUGGGCAGCCGUAUCAUCACACAAUGAGGGAUGAAAAUAUUGGCUAAUUCAAGCCUAAGGGCUGCACACAUUUACCUAAAUGAACGCCCUGGACCCCAGUUGACUGGAUGGAUCUCGGGGGAAAAGCAGCGAGCCCAUGCCUGGGAAGGAGCCUUCCGCCUGGGCUACUGCCGAGUUCUGUGAACACCUUACCAUCAUCUUCAGACACUGCUCGCAAGUUACAUGGGAUUAUUUGUCGCGUUGCGGGAAGACAUCCAUGUGGCUGGGGGAGCUGUGCGCUAUUCGCGCGCUUACACCUGCUGGUUACGUCAAGCCAUUCGUCUCGCGCGGCAGCACGCCGUCGUCUUGGAAACGCUCGUUCAGCGUCGGAAGCCUGUGUGAGGUUGUAUGGACGGAUGAUGGAAGAAAACAGCAGAGAACAUCUCGACACUGAUAAUGAAAUGGGAGGAGAGGAUGCACUUGUGGGGAAUGUGAACAAACUGAUGGUCACCCCUCCAGGAUACACUGGACCACCCAAGAAAGGUCAUAUUGUCUUCGAUGCCUGCAUUGAGAGUGGUAACCUGGGCCGGGUUGACUACAUCAGUGAAUUUGAGUUUGAUCUGUUCAUCAGGCCUGACACGUGUAACCCGCGCUUCAGAGUGUGGUUUAACUUCACAGUGGAAAAUGUUCGAGAGACUCAGAGGGUGAUUUUCAACAUUGUGAACUUCAGCAAGACUAAGAGCCUGUACAGAGAUGGGAUGUCCCCCGUGGUGAAGUCGACCAGCCGGCCUAAAUGGCAAAGACUACCAGCCAAGAAUGUGUAUUACUACCGCUGCCCCGACCAUCGGAGGAACUACGUGAUGUCUUUUGCCUUCUGUUUUGACCGUGAGGAUGACGUUUAUCAGUUUUCAUACUGCUACCCCUACACCUACUCCCGUCUGCAGCAUUACCUGGCCAGUCUGGAGCGCAGAAAUCUCGAUUACCUGCAGCGAGAGCAGCUCGGCCUCAGUGUGCAACAACGAAGGCUGGAUCUUCUGACCAUCACCAACCCUGAAAGCAUUGAGGAAUUUGAGCACAGUAUUAUGCAAAAGAAGAUGAAAAUACCCAAGAUGUCGAACAGGAAUACAGUGGAGAAUCAUUUUGGUGAGGAGAGAAUGCCCCUUAGACAUAAAAAGGUCCAGUCACAGGAACAGCAGCGGGCAAGUUCCAACUCCUCGAAAAGCCUGGCUGCAGUGGUGGCACGGCUGGAGAGGAACGCUGUCAACUCGUGCACUGAGGGAGAGGAGCUGGACAGACUCACAACAGAGGAAGAGGAAGAGCAGGAUGAGGCCGUGGUGCCUCGUGUCCUAUACGAGGAGCUGGUGCACAGCUACAGGCAGCAGGAAGAGGAAAUGAGACGCCUGCAGCAGGAACUGGAGCGCACACGCAGGCAGCUGCUCCAGCAGGCCAAGAAGCUCAAGGAGUAUGGCAGUCUGCUAACUGAAGUCAAGGAGCUGCGUGAUUUCAAUCGACGCCUCCAGGACGUCCUGCUCAUGAGGCUUGGCAGCGAGCCAAUGCACGACAAUGGCACACAGACAAUCAAAGCAGAGGUGGUGGAGCCGAUAAGUGAACCACAGGAGGUGUGUCAAGAGGAAGCCAACACUAGCUCCACCCACUCCCCAUCCCCGAGAACCGUCUACACCUUCAAUGAUGGAAAAGUGCACUUGGGUGGAGGGAUUUGGGUGGAGGAAGAGAAGUGGCACCAGCUACAGCGGACACAGGGAGAUUCGAAAUUCACUAAAAACCUAGCGGUGAUGAUCUGGGGCACGGAAACCCUGAAGAACCGCAGUGUGACUGGCGUCGCUACGAAGAAGAAGAAAGAUGCCCUGCCCAAACCACCACUCUCACCGAGCAAGCUCAAAAUUGUUAGAGAGUGUCUGUAUGAUCGUGUGUCUCAAGAAACAGCUGACAGCGCGGAGAUCACCCAGCGAUUAUCCAAAGUGAACAAAUACAUCUGCGAAAAGAUCAUGGAUAUCAACAAAUCUAUCAAGAACGAGGAACGACGAGAGUCCAAGCUUCUCAUCCAGCAGACGGUGAAGAUGGAGAACUUCCCCUACGAUGGUCUGUAGGGGGCGAUGAAGUUGUCACCAUAGCUCAUUCUACUCCUCAAGGACUUCUGGUGAACAAGGUGCCCGUAAUCACCGGCGCUGCCAAUUGAGAUUUCCACUGAUGCCCUCCCAAGACCUCUCUGUCUUUUACUCUCGUAGACCCUGUUUUACAGCCUGUCUGACAGUUUUACCUCUCUCCACACUGCCUUAGCAUGCUGGUGUGCAUUCUGUGAGUAAAUGGGGUGGGGUUUUGUAAGCUUUAAUGGGGGGAUCUCAGGGUGGGUCAGAUAUUAUGCCUGAUAGACAGGAGCGAUCCUUUAAAUCGUGUGCGAGAAAAAUGUGUUUGGCACAUCAGCUUGUGUUCUGUGUCAGAACAUGUCCUAAUGUACUAAAGAGGUUUCCCUUUCUGAAAAAGUCUUCUUGUUUCAGGAGGAUGUUUGCGAGGUGUCAUAAAUGCUGAAUUAGUGUUGGAGUCUUAAUUGGGGGGAGGAUGGGUAAGGUCACUUCACAGGGACCAUCUGCUAAAGGUACUUAACAUAAAGAGUUGCACUUUUAAACAGGGUCACACCCUGCGUGGUCUUAAUGAACGAUUGAUUUAAUUAAUCGAUCUAGGCCUAAUUGCUCCCGUUAAUUGCUUUCCUGAGAUGACUACUGAUGGUCUGUUCUUGUUCUUGAUGGUUGUUAGGGGUGGAAAGGUCACAUGUAGUCAGUGGUGCUAAACAGUUGUCCUGGAAGAUGAAUUGGUAGCGUUUCUUUGGAGGUAAGCCACAAAAAGGUGAUCAAAUUGCUCUUAAAAGUUAAAUUUAGACUUUUUACGAUCAUCAGUAGACUUCUUAUGUUUGCUUUAGGCUGUGCCUUAAAGUCCUGUUGAGAAAUUCCUGUGGUUUAGAAGUUGUAAUUACGAUGACGUGUUUUCAAGUCACUUACGCUACUGUUCAAAAGUUUGGAUUCAGUAAUUUUUUUUCCUUUGUUUUUAAAAGAAAAUACAGUAAAAACUGUAAAUUUGUGAAAUAUUAUUACAAUUUAAAAUGACUUCUGCCUAUUUUACUA